AUGUUGUCCCGUUCUGCUAUUCGUUCUGCUUCCAGAUCUGUUGUUGCUGCCAACUUGGUUAGAUCCAUGAACAGAGUCGCCAGACCAGCUUUGGUUGUUGCUGGUAGAAGAUUUGCUUCUGCUAAGGCUCAACCAACUGAAGUUUCUUCUAUUUUGGAAGAAAGAAUCAGAGGUGUUUCUGAAGAAUCCAACUUGAACGAAACCGGUAGAGUUUUAGCUGUUGGUGAUGGUAUUGCCAGAGUCUUCGGUUUGAACAACGUUCAAGCUGAAGAAUUGGUCGAAUUCUCUUCUGGUGUUAAAGGUAUGGCCUUAAACUUGGAACCAGGUCAAGUCGGUAUUGUGUUGUUCGGUUCCGAUAGAUUGGUCAAGGAAGGUGAAGUCGUUAAGAGAACUGGUAAGAUUGUUGAUGUUGGUGUCGGUCCAGAAUUGUUGGGUCGUGUUGUCGACGCUUUGGGUAACCCAAUUGAUGGUAAGGGUCCAAUUAACGCUUCUGGUAGAUCCAGAGCUCAAGUUAAGGCUCCAGGUAUCUUGCCAAGAAGAUCCGUUCACGAACCAGUCCAAACUGGUUUGAAGUCCGUCGAUGCUUUGGUCCCAAUUGGUAGAGGUCAAAGAGAAUUGAUCAUUGGUGACAGACAAACUGGUAAGACCGCUGUCGCUUUGGACACCAUCUUGAACCAAAAGAGAUGGAACAACGGUACUGAUGAAUCCAAGAAGUUGUACUGUGUUUACGUCGCUGUUGGUCAAAAGAGAUCCACUGUCGCUCAAUUGGUCCAAACUUUGGAACAACACGAUGCUUUGAAGUACUCCAUCAUUGUUGCUGCUACUGCUUCUGAAGCCGCUCCAUUGCAAUACAUUGCUCCUUUCACUGCUGCCGCUAUCGGUGAAUGGUUCAGAGACAACGGUAGACACGCUUUGAUCAUCUACGACGAUUUGUCCAAGCAAGCCGUUGCAUACCGUCAAUUGUCUCUAUUAUUGAGACGUCCACCUGGUAGAGAAGCUUACCCUGGUGAUGUUUUCUACUUACAUUCCAGAUUGUUGGAAAGAGCUGCCAAGAUGUCUGAAAAGAACGGUGGUGGUUCUUUGACCGCUUUGCCAGUCAUUGAAACUCAAGGUGGUGAUGUUUCCGCUUAUAUUCCAACCAACGUUAUUUCCAUUACCGAUGGUCAAAUUUUCUUGGAAGCUGAAUUGUUCUACAAGGGUAUCAGACCAGCUAUUAACGUCGGUUUGUCUGUCUCUCGUGUCGGUUCCGCCGCUCAAGUCAAGGCUUUGAAGCAAGUCGCUGGUUCCUUGAAGUUGUUUUUGGCCCAAUACAGAGAAGUCGCUGCCUUCGCCCAAUUCGGUUCCGAUUUGGAUGCUUCUACCAAGCAAACCUUGGCUAGAGGUGAAAGAUUGACCCAAUUGUUGAAGCAAAACCAAUACUCUCCAUUGGCUGCUGAAGAACAAGUUCCAUUGAUUUACGCCGGUGUCAACGGUUACUUGGAUAACAUUGAUAUUUCCAGAAUCGCCGAAUUCGAAACCAAGUUCUUGGCUUACUUGAAGGCUAACCACGACGAAAUCGUCUCUGCUAUCAGAGAAAAGGGUGAAUUGAGCAAGGAAUUGUUGGCCACCUUGAAGUCUGCUACCGAAUCCUUUGUUGCUACUUUCUAA